AUGUUCAAACAGUUGUCUCAGAUUGGUAAAAAUCUGAGUGACGAAUUCGCUAGAGGAGUUUCAGAGGAUCUACACCCUUCGCAAGACCAUCAUUCAAAUGACGAUAGCGGUUUACCUCCAGAUGUGGUAUUGAAACUAAGGAAAUUUGAGAAAUAUGAAGAUAAAUAUCCAAAACUUUUAUCGGCUUACAAGGGGGAAAGAUUAAAGUUGGAAAGGGCGGCAGAAAUUGAGAAAGUCCUGACUGAAUAUACACCUAUUUCAAGUUUUGAUGAUGCUGAAUCAUUAGCAGCUUUCUUUAAAGAUAUGAAUGAGAAGCAAAAUCUGCUUAACAAUGAAAUUAAGAGACUGUUGACUGAGGGUUCAAAAAAGAACCAAAUUCAACAAGAGGAGCAAAGUACAGAUCAAUCUUUAAACAAAGAGGGAUACGAAGAGCAUAUUAGUAAAUUAAAAGAUGAAAUUACACAAUCUGGAACGAAACACGGUGAUGAAUUGAAGAAGUUAAAUGAAAAAUUGGAAACAACAAAUAAAGACUUUGAAAAGUUGAAAAGUGAAAAGGAUUCUCUAGUAAAUUCCUAUGAAAUGAACGUUUCCAAGAUCAAAGAGGAAUUACAUGGAUUGAAAGAUGAAAGUGAAAGUCGUGAGAAAUCAUAUAAUGAAACCAUCGAAAAUCUAGAGACAGAGAACAAAUCAUCACAGAAGAAGAUAGAAGAAUUAGAGCAGAACCUCGCUGAAAGAGAAUCCACUAUCAAGGAAUUGAGAAAUCAAAUUGAACAGAAUCUGCAGAAAAUUGAAAGUUUGGAGAAGGAAAUAAGUUCUUCUGCUAACGAAAUUCCGAUUUCAAAUACAGAAAACCUACCAUCAUCUACAUCAAAAAGCAGUGCUAAAAGGAAGAAAAAGAACAAUAAGAAAAAAUCUGCUCCCAACGGUAGUAAUACUACGGAGGAAACACCUGUUGCUGAUGGUGGUGAAGAAGAACACCUCGAGGCCAAAUACAAGGAAGUUUGCGCAAAAUUGGAAUCCACUAAGGCUAGUCUAAAUGCAGAUUGGCAAGGCAGAUAUGAUGCUUUGAAAGCUAAACUUAAGACUUCUGUUCAUUCGAAGGAUGAUUUCAAGGAGAAAUUGGAAAAAUUAGAAAAGGAAUACGGACAAUUGGAAGAAGAGUUAAGCAAAUCUAAAGACGUGAUAAAAGAAAAACAAUCUGAAAUUGAAGAGACUAGAGAUAUGAUGAAGAUUAUAGGAAACGAACUAGUGGAUGCAAAGGACAAAUUAAAAGAGUCAUCUGGUGUAGAUAAGGAAGAUAUGGCCCAUUUGGAGGACGAGUUGAGGAAAGCACGUACCGAGUUAUCCUCUUUAACUGAGAAAUUGGCGGAGAAGGAAAAUGAAUUGACCUCUACCCUAUCAAGUAUGAAUCAGGAACUAGAUUCCCUAAGAACCUCUUCCUCCUCUAAUGAGAAGCAGCAGAAACAACUAACUGAAAGCUUGAAUAAAUUGAAGACAGAAAACUCUACGCUGGCUGAACAAGUUAAAGAGUUUGAAAAUUUAAAAAGAACUCAUUCCUCUUUAAGAACAUCAAUGAUACAAAAGGAGAAGACAAUUGUAUAUCUGGAACAACAAGUCAAAACAUAUAGUGAAAAUGUCGAAACAACCAAGAAGACUACAGAAGGUAUCAGGCGAGAAAAUAAACGAUUAUUAGAUUCUUUAGAAAGCUUGAAGAAGGAUUAUGAAAUUUUGAAAGCCGAUGCAAAAGGUAAGAGUGGAUCUUUCGAAAAGUAUGUCAAGGAAAAUGGCCAGCUCUCUGAACGACUAGCUAUGCUUCAAGACAAAUACGAAACAUUACAAAGUUUGAAGAGUAACUCCAGCGAACAAACUGAUUCUAUCAAGAGACAAUGUGAGGAGUUAACCGUCAAACUAAAAGAAGCUAAUAAGAAAAUCUUCUCCUUGGAAGAUGAAGUGGCGGAAUAUUCUAAUACCAUACACGAUAAGACUAGAGAAAUAAACAACAUGCGAAGACAUAUUUCGGAAAAUUCAAAUGGCGAGACUGCAAAGGAAAGGGAAUUGAAGGAGAAAUUAACUUACGAGACUGAUGAGAAGCUCAAGUUGCAGAAUGAGCUCACCUUACAAGCUACCAGAAAAUCGAGGGACCUCCAAGAUUGGAAACAAGCAAAUGCUGAGCUCAAGUCAGAGCUUCAUAGGUUGCAACUAAGGGAAAAAGAGCUUCAAGCGGAUAUCGAAACCCUGAAGUCUUUGAACAAAAACUUGCAGAACCACACUGGGUCUUCAGAGGAAGACUCAAACGAAUUGGAAAAACUGGCAGUGAGUUUGAAAGAAUCUUUAUCUAAGGCGGAUCAAAAGAUUCGUGAACUACAAGAGACUAAUGAGAAUCUAAUGCAUACAAACGACGAUGUGAAUGAGAAACUUAGUCGAUUAUCCAAGAAUUACAAGACUCUAUCGAAACAGUUGAGUGAGCUGAAGGAGACUAAUAGGAGUGGAGCAAGGUCAAGUAGAGCCAGUUCGAUAACUUCCAAUGGUGAAAACCAACCGGCAGGUCAUCUUUCUCGCCAAUCAUCAUUUUCUUCCAAUAGAACUAUACUACCGCCAGAAACUGUUUCUGAAAUGAAUGAUAAAGUUGCCUAUAUUAAAAAUGUUUUACUAGGAUUUUUGGAACACAAGGAUCAAAGAGUUCAAUUGUUACCAGUUGUUUCAACUUUGCUGCGGUUUGAUAGCAAUGAUGAAAAGAGAUUAAUGAUGUCGCUUAAAUAA